AUGACACCCCUGGAGAGAAUGAAGGCAGCACAGCGAAGAGCCCAAGACAAGUUGAACGAGCAACGCAAAGAGUUCGAGGGAAUGGCCUCUCAAGGAGGCCUCGCCCCUUCCAGCGCCUUCGGUGGAGAAUUGAAGCGCAAAGCCUUCCAACCGACCGGCCUUCUCGUCGAAGAUGCCUUUGAGAAGCGGAAUCCCUCGAACAUGGAACAGGCUCUCAAUCCGCGUCCCGAAGCCCGCUUACGAUGGCAACGUAAGAUGGUCAUUCGAGAGAUCAGACACCGCGGCCGGUUGAACAAGACGGUGACCAUAGCUAGGACCGAGCGCAGCCACAUGUCCCGAUCUCAUUUCUUCAAGACUUCGAUGAAAAAGCUGGCCCCGCUCGCCCGCCAGAUCGCCGGCAAACCCAUCGACGAGGCAAUCCUCCAGAUGAGGUUUUCCAACAAAAAGGUAGCUCAGGAUGUGCGCCAGCACCUCAUCCAAGCCCGGAACGAGGCCAUCGUCGUCAAGGGCAUGGGUCUGGGUCGUGCCGGGGAGGAGAAUCAAAACGCAGAGCUACUCCAGUCGGACCCGAGCGAGACACCGCCACUACCUCACCAGACACCACUGAAGACGUACAAAAAGGGCGUCGCGCCUGAUCCGACCGACAUGUACGUCGCCCAGGCCUGGACCAACCGUGGGCCCUACGGUAUGGAACCGGACUACCGCGCCCGAGGACGAGUGAAUAUCAUGAGACCACCACACACCGGGAUCACCGUGCUGUUGAAGGAAGAGAAGACCAGGACGAGGGAAAAGGCCGAGAAGGAGGCGAGGGCGCUGAAGAAAAGACUUGGCAAGAAGAUGUGGGUGCAUUUGCCCGAUCGGCCCGUCACCACGCAACGGCAGCAUGUAUUGUGGUAG